AUGAAGUCUACCAUCAUCUCGGCCUUGGGUUUCGCCGCUGCCACUAUGGCACAUGGCAUCGUCAGCAACCUCACCAUCGGUGACGAGCUGUACGACAUGUACAACCCAUACAGCACUCCGUACUUGAACCCCAUCCCCGACCUCAUCGGAUGGACCGUUUCCUCCAACGGGCCCGUCGAGGACGUGUCUUCCGCCGCUAUCGCCUGUAACGCCGACUCCAAGGCCGGCGCCAUCUCCGCAACCGCUGCUGCCGGUUCGUCGGUCAAGUUCUCGUGGACCGUGUGGCCCGAGAGCCACCGUGGACCGGUGAUGACCUAUAUGGCCAACUGCAAUGGCGAUUGUAGCGAGGUUGACGCCACCACCCUCGACUUCUUCAAGAUCGACGAGGCCGGACUCCUGGCAGAUGGAACAUGGGCCUCGGAUUCAAUCAUCAACGAUGGCUCGACCUACACCGCCUCGAUCCCCUCCGACAUCGCGCCCGGUAACUACUUGCUCCGUCACGAGCUGUUGGCCCUUCACUCCGCUGGAACUGUGAACGGUGCUCAGUUCUACCCCGUCUGCGCCAACCUUGUGAUCACCGGUACCGGUACUGCUGUGCCCACCGAUACCGUCAAGUUCCCCGGUGGAUACUCGUCCGACGAUGCUGGUAUCCUUCUGAACAUCUACUACCCGGUGCCCACUUCCUACGUCAUCCCCGGCCCUCCCGUCUACCAAGGCGGUGGCGCUUCCGCCAGCUCGACCGCGGCGGCCAUUGCCUCCACCAGCGUCGCUUCUUACGCCUCUGAGGCUUCCACCAGUGUUGCAGCCUACCCCACUGAGGCUUCCACCAGUGUCGCAGCCUACCCCACUGAGGCUUCCACCACCCUUGCGGCC